AUGCAUCAUUUAAGUCGGUUCAAGAUUCCUCCGUUGAAGAAUGCGCUGGACGUGGCCAUGCAGACGGUCAGGCAACAGAUGCCUGACAAGCCAGGGCCGCCACCUCGCCCGCCCCAGAACGUUAGAUUCGCUAACUUGGAGAAUAUGGGUGAGAGCUGCGAGCUGUCGACGAUGAAUGAAUCAACCUCCCCGACCUACCAGUCGACCAACCCGACCAACCCGUUCCUGAGCGGACAACUGCAGGCCGAAGACUCUUUCACUAGCUAUCAGAACACCUAUCCUCAGCAAGAUGGCGCGGCACCGAGAACCCAAAGCAUGCAGAGCGUGGACUUCUACGCGUCCUCGGAAGAAGGUGGCUUCGAAGAAGGCGGCUGCAAGCCUGGACACAAGAUCAACGAGUUCCAAGCCGCUUGGAACGUUACCAAUGCUAUCCAGGGUAUGUUCGUGGUAUCACUGCCUUUCGCAGUACUCCAGGGAGGCUACUGGGCUAUCGCCGCCAUGAUCGGCAUCGCCCACAUCUGCUGCUACACCGGCAAGAUCCUCGUCGAGUGCCUCUACGAAGACGAUCCCGUGUCAGGUCAGCGUGUCAGGGUCCGCGACUCCUACGUCUCCAUCGCCAAGGAAUGCUUCGGCAGAAAAUACGGCGCAAGAAUCGUCAACCUCGCUCAGAUCAUCGAGCUCUUAAUGACUUGCAUUCUUUACGUCGUCGUCUGCGGAGACCUCAUGAUUGGCACCUUCCCCGACGGCAGCAUCGACACACGGUCCUGGAUGAUGCUCAUAGGAAUAUUCCUCCUCCCGCUAGCCUUCCUCAAGUCCCUCAAAAGCGUCAGCAUGCUCUCCUUCUGGUGUACCAUGAGCCAUCUCAUCAUCAACGCCAUAGUCCUCGGCUACUGCAUCCUGAACAUCGGCGAUUGGGGCUGGUCUAAAGUCAAGUGGAGCUUGGACUUCGAAAACUUUCCCAUCAGUUUAGGUGUCAUCGUGUUCUCUUAUACGUCGCAAAUAUUUCUGCCGACACUUGAAGGUAACAUGGAAGAUAGGUCAAAGUUUGAAUGGAUGCUGGAUUGGUCUCACAUCGCCGCCGCCGCGUUCAAGGCCACUUUUGGUUACUUGUGCUUCUUGACCUUCCAAAACGACACUCAGCAGGUGAUCACCAACAACCUCCGCUCCUCUGGGUUCAAAGGUCUGGUCAACUUCUUCUUGGUCGUCAAAGCGGUGCUGAGUUAUCCCUUACCAUAUUACGCUGCCUGUGAUCUUCUAGAACGUGCUCUCUUCCGAGGUAAACCCAAGACGUUAUUCCCGGUAAUCUACGCUUUAGAUGGUGAGUUGAAAGUUUGGGGUCUCGCGUGGAGACUUGGAGUGAUAAUGUUCACUAUUCUGAUGGCGAUUUUUAUUCCCCACUUUGCUAUUCUCAUGGGCUUCAUAGGAAGCUUUACUGGCACCAUGCUGAGUUUUAUAUGGCCCGCGUAUUUCCACUUGAAGCUGAAGGGACCGCAGCUUGAGAGCACUACUAUUGCUUACGACUACUUUAUCAUAGGUCUUGGGGUCCUCUUUGGCAUCAUCGGGAUGUACGACUCCGGUUCAGCUCUAAUAAAGGCGUUCAAAAUAGGGCUGCCGUUCUAAAUUAGUAGUGCUAGAAAAAUUGUUGAACUAUUUUUAGAUUCAUGCGUACUCCAUUAUGUUUGCCGUGGCACUCGCGGUU